AAAAGGUUAAGAUUUUGAAAUGGCAGCAAUAGAAACAGCUGUCGGCUAAAGUUAUUUUGUGUAUGGUUAUCGUUUAAUACUAAUCAUGAUUUUCGGUUUAAGUAAAUUAUCAAAUUAAAGACAAAAUAUAGUGUGAUGAUGAGGAAUUUAGAAGUACAGAAGAUUAUUGAAGCCAUCCUUGGUGGCCAGAAAUGUACAAACUAGCCAAACAUAGGCGUAUGACAGGUUUGGAUGUCGGCCAAGAUAGUGAAAAUGUCGAAGCAAUACACUCAGGAGAGCAUCAGGCAAUGUUCAGUUGGGGAAAUACUGCAAAUGGUGAGCUUGGACUGGGAGGAAUUGAAGAGCAGUACAUACUGGCACCAAGAGAAGUCAGAUUUGUUAAUGCUAAUAAUGUCAGAACCAUUGCCUGUGGUUCUUCACAUACCUUAGUCGUUUUACAGAGUGGGGAAGUAUAUUCUUGCGGAAAUAACGACCAUGGCCAACUUGGACAUGAAAAAUCAAGAACAAAGCUUCAACUUAUUGACGCACUCUCUACCUACAAAAUCCUGGCUGCUGCUUGUGGCGAAAACCACUCGCUGGCAUUGGAUCAGUGGGGUCAAGUAUUUUCCUGGGGUUCUGACACACACGGCCAAUUGGGUUUAAAUAGCGGUGAACAGUUCACAAUCAAGCCUAAAGUGGUUAAGACUUUGGUCACCUCAAAUGUAAUUCAGAUAGCGUGCGGUUACAAGCAUUCUCUUGCCCUGACUAAUAAAGGUGAACUCUAUUCUUGGGGUUCUAACGAUAAUGGCCAGCUUGGGCUUGGUCUUAAAAUGCGAAUUAUACCAUUUCCGACGCUUGUAGCUUCUUUAACAGGCCUGCCGAUUUCUCUUAUUGCUUGUGGUGGAUCACAUAGUUUUAUUUUGUCUAAGUCUGGUGCUGUAUAUGGAUGGGGGAAGAAUAGGUUCGGACAGCUAGGGUUGAAUUCUGAAGUAGAUCAUAUUUACCCUUGUCAGUUGAAAACUCUGCGUUCAAUCAAGGUCAAAUUCAUUGAUUGUGGUGAAGAUUUUAGUGUCUUCCUUACUCAGGAUGGAGGGGUGUUGACAUGUGGCGCGGGGAUGUACGGCCAGUUAGGUCAUGGCAGUACAUCAAAUGAAGUUCUUCCAAGGAAAGUGAUAGAGUUAAUGGGUAGUACUGUGACUCAGGUGUCUUGUGGCAGGAGACAUACGCUAGUAUUCAUGCCUUCUCGAGAAAGAGUGUAUGCCUUUGGUCUCGGUAGUACUGGUCAGCUAGGAACUAAACAGCUGAUGAAUGCGACUGGUCCUCUGGUUGUUCAAGGACCAUGGCUCGAAGGUAGGCUUCACGUCGAAGCUCUGUACUCCGGUGGUGAUCAUUGCUUUGCGACUGUCACAUUAAAGCGAAGAUCAGCAGACUACAGACUACUGCGCCAAGAAGCCAAUAUUUGGACAGUUACCCUCGAAAAAAUGUUAGAAUGUCAAAACAUCCCCGAAGAAACAGCUGUCGAUCAGGAAGUGAUGACAUAUCUAGAAACAGUUUUCGGCUCCCAGGCUUGUAUAAAUGCUUCAUUUUUAUUGGCAAGAGAUCAACAUUUUUGUUGUACAUCAAGGCAUCAUGGAUUGGAUUUAGGGUUAGCUCAGUCUUGUUUUACCGCUAUUAGUAGGGCUAACAAUACAUCAGUGAGAGAAGUCUGCCUUGAAGCUAUCUCAAAUUUGAUUUCGCAAUUCGCUGAAUCUCCUCCAGAUGUCGAAACACUUAGAAUUUACCUUAGUCUUCCAUUUUAUCAUGAGUUUGACAAUGCAAGACACUCAGCGAAAAUACAAGGGCCGUUUGCUGCUGCUUUUCUCAAUCUUAAAACUGAAGCUGCUAAAAUAGUUGGUAACUGGUAUCAUUUUGCACCUGAUGAAUAUUUUGAAAGAUUAAUAAGGAUUUAUAAAAGUGUUGUCAUUUAUCUCCUGAAGUCGUCCCCAUACAUGAACAUAGACUACCAAUGGGACCUCAAUCGUUGUGAAAGGGUUGUAGUUAAUUCAUUAGAUCUACUUGCCCGAUUAAAUAAAAUAAAUAAUACCAAGCCAAGCCAAAGCAGGCUAAAUUAUGAAAUAUUUUAUUUACCAGAACUUCCCGACGUAGUUGAUAUAAGAGUCGAUUAUGUGAGAUGGGCAACAGAAGAUCCAGGUUCAAGAAAUGUAAGAAAAUUUUUCUGUAACUACCCAUUUCUGUUUGAUGCUCAAGCUAAAACCCUGUUGCUUCAAACUGAUCAAUCAAUGCAAAUGCACACUGCGGUCUCACAAGCAGCACAGCAGGCUAUAACACAAAUGCUGUUCUCUCCUUUUGUAUUUCCUGUUCAAGCUCUUCUUGAAUUGCAAGUGAGCAGAGAAAAUAUUGUUCAGGAUACUAUCAGAGAGCUUGCUAAUUAUUCGGAAAAGGAUUACAAAAAGCCACUUAAGAUUCAUUUUAUUGGCGAAGAAGCUGAGGAUGCUGGUGGUGUAAAGAAAGAGUUUUUCUUGUUACUAUUGAGGGAAGUUCUUGACCCUAAGUACGGUAUGUUCAAAUCUGAUCCAGAAACAAGAGCUAUCUGGUUCUCGGAAGAUUCCUUUGAGGAUGAAAUAAUGUACUAUUUGGUUGGUUUGUUAUGUGGACUGGCGAUUUACAACUUUACUAUUAUCAAUCUGCCAUUUCCGUUAGUUCUGUACAAAAAACUGCUCGGAGAGCCUGUCAACCUUCAAGACUUAAAGGAAUUUUCUCCAACUCUUGCCAAUAGUCUGCAGUCCCUUCUAGAAUAUGAUGAAGAUGACUUCGAAAGUUUAUUUCCAUUUAGAUUUGAAAUUACUCGCGAUGUGUUCGGCGAAUUAAGGACUGAACCCCUUAAGCCCAAUGGAAGCGAAAUACCUAUCAGCAAAGAGAAUAGGCAGGAGUACGUUGAUUUAUAUGUACACUACAUAUUGAACAACAGCGUUGAACGUCAUUAUAGGGCAUUUCAUGACGCUUUCCACAAAGUUUGUGGAGGAAGGGUGUUGCAGUUAUUUCAUGCACAGGAAUUGAUGGCUGUUGUCAUUGGAAAUGAGAACUAUGACUGGGAGGCAUUAGAGAAUGGGGCUGAGUAUCGCGGUGGUUAUUCGACUUCGGAUAGAACCAUCCAACUAUUCUGGGAAGUUUUCCAUGAGUUACCUUUACAAGAAAAGAAAAAAUUUCUUCUGUUUUUGACUGGCAGUGAUCGCAUUCCAAUUCAAGGAAUGAAAGCAAUCAAGAUUAUAAUACAGCCUACGAUGGACGAUCGUUACCUACCCGUUGCUCAUACAUGCUUCAAUAUCCUCGACCUCCCUCGCUACUGUACAAAGGAGAGACUCCGGUAUAAACUUACGCAGGCUAUACAACAGACUCAGGGUUUUUCAAUCGUUUAAUGCUCAGAGGCUACCAAAUCUUUCCAAAUAAAUAGAAAUUAUUUGUCAAUAGUAUUUUUGUACAGAAUUAACUUUUUAAAAAAAAUUUUUAAUCUUAAGCCCGUCCAUGGACCUAUCAUAAUCAUAUGAAAAUUAACUUACAUGAUAAAAAAUAAAAUUUAUAAAAAUCGUGAUCAUCAUCUUUCUGAAACAAGGUCAUUAGGUAUUAGUUUUUAUCACAGUGCACUUUAAAGUUAUUUUUGACUAGUUAAUAUUUAGCUAAAAAUUCAAUAGUAGUAUAUUUUUGUUUACAUUAGUCAAGUUGGUUUUUUUUAUAGGUUCUAAUAAUUCUCUAAAUCAGCAAAAAGGGCGGGAUAUAUUUUAUCAAACAUAUACUUUUAUUUUUAUUUCAUUCAGUUUAUCGUUACAUAAUGGAAUGAAAAUAAUUUUAUUAUCCUCUAAUAUGUUCCUCAAUUUUAUUUCUCUUUAUCAACUAGUUUAUAUCAUUAUUGCCUAAUAUUAUAGUGGAACUAUUAAAGUUCUAUUCUUUCGCUUUUCACUGCUAGGUGCUUGAUAUAUUUGUAAAUAAUUAUUAUGUUAUUGAAUACUUUUAGACGGACUUAUAAGCUGUGCUUUCGACAAAUAAAAGACUCUCUGAAGUUUAUUUUUAUUACCUUAUUGCUGUUGAAAUUCUCUAUUUGUUGAGAAUAUGUUAUGUCAAAAGUUUUUAGAUACUUUGUUUACAAAUGACUCUUUACUUGUUAUUGUUUUGUUUUUAAGUUUUUGCUAAUUAUAAACAACUUAUGGAUAUAAAAUUACAUGAUAGUUACUGUGUAUAAAAUAUUACUUACACAUUAUCAUUUCUUAGAGGUACCUUAAUGUGAAACAACAAAUAUAUAAUUAACCUAAUUUUUUAUCUUUUUUUAAUGUUGGAAUUCUAGUUCAUAGCAAUAAAAAUUUAUAAGUUUCAUUUUUAUUAGUUCAGUAAAACUAUUUAAUAUUUAAUUAAUGAACCCUUUAACAAAAAAUGGUAUUGGCAUUGUAAGACAGUUGAAUCCUUAUGUAUUGAUUUUUAAAAAUUUCUUUAGAAAUUGUACUCAGAAAUGAUGUAAUUUACAUCCUUGCAUAUCUUUUCUAACGUUUUGAACUUCACUUUCUACUGUUCUUAUUUUUCUCAGAUACCUUGUCACUUCAUAAAUUUAUCAGGCCACUCAGAGCUUGCUUCGGAGCCUAUUUAAUCGUUUUAUUUUUAAUAAGUAGAUAUAAUAUAGGCAUGUUAUCAUCACUAAAAUUCUCUCUUCUUAAAGUUCCUAAGAAGAAUUGAAUAGAUUUUGAUGUAUUCAGCACAUAAGGGUUCUAAAGUAAAUUGUUUAAUUUAGAAUUUAAAUACAAUGAUUGUGAAUUCUUGUUGACUAAGCAUCAUUAGAUUGAUAAUAAUAACAAAGGCCUUUGAAAAUAAUUAAUUAACAUUUAAGGUCUUUGAUGAUAAUUAAUUAGAAGGCCUUGUCUUUUUUUUAUUUUUUAUUCAAAUUAAAGAGGAAAUAUUACAUUGUGUUGAAGGUGUAUGCAUAACUGCAAUUCAUCAUCUUCAUUACACUUGUAAAUAUACUCAUUUAUUAUUUUAAAAAAGGCAUUUAUCACUUUACUCUAUAAUUUAUUAUUUAAUUUGAACAAAUGUUACCUAACAAAGUGUAAUUUGUACCUUUUACACAUUUGUAUUUUUGUAUGUUGUUUUUUUUUUUUUUUUAGCUCAUUUAAUAGUAAU